GCGGACGCGUCUUCGACUCCCAUCUAUCGCUGCCCUUCACGAUGUCUAUGCAAAUAUUUGGGAACCAGGCUACGGAAGAGAAGGCCGAAAAUGCACGUCUCGCUUCCUUCGUCGGGGCUCUCGCGGUGGGGGACCUCGUAAAGUCAACGCUCGGACCCAAGGGCAUGAACAAGAUCCUGCAAUCUGCUUCUUCGGGCGACAUCAACAUCACAAACGAUGGCGCUACCAUCUUGAAAGCCAUCCAACUUGACAAUGCCGCCGCCAAGAUCCUCGUGAACAUCUCGAAGGUGCAGGACGAUGAGGUUGGGGAUGGGACGACCAGUGUCACCGUGCUCGCGGCGGAGUUGCUGCGCGAGGCCGAGAAACUCAUCGGGCAGAAGAUCCACCCGCAGACUAUAGUGGAGGGCUACCGGAUCGCGAGCACGGCGGCGCUGAAGGCUCUUGAGGGUGCGGCGGUUGACCAUCGGACAGAUCAGGAGAAGUUCAGGCAGGAUCUCUUCAACAUCGCGCGGACAACCUUGUCAUCCAAGGUUUUGUCGCAGGAUAAGGACUACUUCGCGAACCUAGCAGUGGAUGCUGUCCUGCGGUUAAAGGGCUCUACGGACCUCGAACACAUUCAGAUCAUCAAAAAGGUUGGCGGCAAGCUGACCGACUCGUACUUGGAUGAGGGCUUCAUCCUUGACAAGACCAUCGCCACCAACUCGCCGAAGCGGAUGGAAAAUGCGAAGAUCUUGGUCGCCAACACUUCCAUGGACACCGACAAGAUCAAGAUCUUCGGCGCGCGCGUCAAGGUCGACGGCACGGGCAAGCUCGCAGAGCUAGAGCGUGCAGAAAGGGAGAAGAUGAAGGCGAAGGUGGACGCGAUCGCGGCGCACGGGAUCAACUGCUUCGUCAACCGACAGCUGAUCUACAACUACCCCGAGUCCCUGCUCGCCGAGAAGGGCAUUAUGGUCAUCGAGCACGCUGACUUCGAGGGCGUCGAGCGGUUAUCACUCGUCACCGGCGGUGAGAUUGCCAGUACGUUCGACAGCCCAGAGAAGGUCAAGCUCGGCCACUGCGAGCUGAUUGAGGAGAUCAUGAUCGGCGAGGAUAAGCUCAUCAAAUUCUCUGGUGUGGCUGCAGGCGAGGCAUGCACCGUCGUCCUCCGCGGCUCGACAAAUCAGAUGGUCGACGAGGCCGAGCGCUCCCUGCACGACGCCCUCUCCGUGCUCUCGCAGACUGUCAAGGAGACACGCACAGUGCUGGGCGGCGGCUGCGCGGAGAUGCUCAUGAGCGUCGCCGUCGACGCCGAGGCGCAAAAGGUCAAGGGCAAGAAGGCCAUCGCGACGGAGGCAUUCGCGCGCGCGCUCCGCCAGAUCCCUACCAUCCUCGCCGACAACGCCGGCUACGACUCGUCCGAGCUGGUCGCGCGGCUGCGCGCAGCGCACUACAGCGGCGAGCACGACGCGGGCCUGGAUAUGGAGCGGGGAGACAUCGGUUCCAUGCGCGAGCUCGGCAUUACGGAGAGCUACAAGCUGAAGAGGCAGGUGGUUCUGAGUGCCAGCGAGGCUUCGGAGAUGAUUAUUCGCGUGGACGACAUCCUGCGCGCUUCGCCCAGGAGACGCGAGGCAGUGUAAGCCGCCGAAUAUCUCGUAAUACCACAAGGUUGUAGAUUAGACAUGCGCAUUCUAAUGCUUGUAUUCUACUGCGCGACUUCGAGAGACCAGGCC